AUGACAGGUGGCGUAGUGGACUUGCAGGAACAUACUUGCACUUGCGGCUUGUUCCAGUGCAUGAAGUUUCCUUGUCCUCAUGCAUGUGCUGCAUCUCAGGAGCGAAGUAUUAGCGCGUACACACUAUGCUCGCCAUAUUACACAACAGAAUAUUGGAGGAGGACAUAUGAAGGGACAAUUAUGCCAGUUGGUGACGAGGAUGAUUGGGAAUUGCCUGAUGACAUAAAGAACAUGAUAGUUGGAGUGCCUGUUGAGAAGCAACCAGUAGGGCGACCCAAGAAGCAAAAGGUUGGAAGAAUUAAGAACAACCGAACUGCUUGUAACGGUGAAAGGAUUAUCAAAUCACGAAAUUGUAGCAAGUGCGGUGCCAAGGGGCACAACAGAAGCACUUGCACCUACCGGGGUUAA